GCAAUUUUGUGCUAAAAAAAUGCACUGAAUUUUGAAAAGAAAGGAAGCGAAUCGGUCUAAAUCUGAAGAGUUCGACUUGCCAAGCACAUGGACUGAGCAAGUAACCAAACAGUACCUGCCACGAACUCGAACGGCCAGGGGGUACAUCAAUUCGAACACGAUCGAACCUGGGUAUCAAAGGGUACCUCCAAGUCCGAGCCUUGAAGGAUUUCUUCCUUCAUUCCUCGUAGCUAAGAAUGAAUUUAAGUAGUUUUCUUCGAAAUUGUUUGGUCUCCGCUCUUCACUGAUAAUACCCUUUCUCUCUUCAACUACUUUUUAUGGUUUAAGCUUUGGAGGAGUCGCCCUUCCUGCGAAGCCUCAGUUCCAGCGAUUUGUGGAGCUUACAAGCUAUGUAAUUUUCCUUUUGGCCUUCAGGUGCAUAAUUCAAACCACCAUGUAUGCGAAUUUAGAAGUACCUUCUUCGAUUUGUUGUGAGAAAGCUAUAUUAACUGAAGAACAGCAUAUGAAGAUUUCUGAGGUGCGGAGGCUUUUAGGGCCGUUGUCUUGUAAAUCGUCGAUUUACUGUUCUGAUCCAACCAUUUCAAGAUACUUAAGGGCAAGAAACUGGAAUGUGAAGAAGGCAACUAAGAUGCUGAAAGCAAGUUUGAAGUGGAGGUCAGAAUACAAGCCGGAAGAAAUUCAAUGGGAUGAGGUUGCUCAUGAAGCUGAGACAGGGAAACUUUAUUGUGCUAACUAUAAUGACCGACACGGAAGAACAGUUAUAGUCAUGAGACCGUGUUGCCAGAACUCGAAGACUGUAAAAGGACAGAUUAGGUAUUUGGUGUAUUGCAUGGAGAAUGCUAUCCUGAACCUGUCGCCAGACCAGGAGAGUAUGAUUUGGCUGAUUGAUUUCAAGGAUUUUGAUAUGUCAAAUAUUUCAUUGAAAGCAACAAAAGAGACUGCACAUGUUUUACAGGAACAUUAUCCCGAACGCCUCGGAGUUGCAAUUCUAUACAACGCGCCUAAGUUUUUCGAACCCUUCUGGAUGGUUGCAAAGCCUUUCCUGGAGACGAAAACUGCCAACAAAGUGAAAUUCGUUUACUCCGACGACGUAAACUCGAAGAGGAUAAUAGAGUCUCUUUUCAAUAUGGAUCAGCUGGAGUCUGCAUUUGGUGGAAACAAUAAUGUUAGUUUCAACAUAACCAAAUAUGGCGAGACGAUGAAAGAAGACGAUAAGCGGAUGCGCUGUUUCUGGUCUGGAGUAGAUCCUACCAGUCGUUGCUGCGCCCUAUUCGUCGACUCUAAAACCUCAAACUCGAUGAUGUUCAUAUAACUAGAGAAGCUGAUGGCAGCUGAGGCAAGGUAUGUGUUUGUAUAUCUUUGAAGUAACAAGCUCUUAUGGUCUGAUUUGUUGUGGACAUGAUUAGAAAGAACAGACGUUGUUGUUCAUGAAUGUUGGCUAAGAAAUUUGUCCAUUAUUAGCUGUGUGAGUGUGACAAUGACAUGAAGGCCACCUUAUAAUAAUCAAAA